AUGUUAUUUUCCUCUAGAACUCAUGGGGAAAGCAACCAUGGAGCCGGAAAAACAUCUUUUUCAAAUUUCAAACAAGCUAAGCAUGCCGAUGUUAAAGCAGCUUGCAUUCUCAUGGCGUUAAGAAGGUCGAAUUCCGAAACUGACAUCGAUGAUGCAAAGCGCAGCAAAUUGAUAUGGAUUUGCUCCAAGAUAGAGAGGCAGAGGAAAACAACGAAAGUCAUGACGAUGAAUCAUUCUGAUAAUUAUCACGAAAUGCUUUGUCAGACUUUGGCACCACCAAUGCUGCCGUCGGGAAGUCAAAGCAUCAACCAAUGCCUGUUAAAUAAUAGCAAUGAGGAAAUGAAUGUUGGCUCGGGGGUGGAGAAGGUCGCAUUGCCAUUGUUGGCGGCUGUUGGGGCUGCCGUGGUAGAAACGUAUCCGUGUGAUCAAUGCAAUAAAGUGUUCAAAUCUGGACAAGCGUUGGGUGGGCACAAGCGUGCGCAUUAUACAGGGCCUCCAUUGUGUCGUCGGGGAAGCAACGAAAGUUGCUAG